UGGUGGGGGUGUUUCUAUGCUUUGAGCGAGAGAGAGAAAGAGAAAGAAAAUACCACCCUGCUGGAAUUUAUUUCUUUAUUAUUAUCUUACACGGAAUUCUGGGCCGUUAAGUAUUUGAAAGUGUGCUGUUCACUGCCGUCAGCAAAAAGCCAAUAUGGGAGGAUUCUACAUGCAGUAUCUCGAGAGCCUGUGCCGGCGUCGUGGGUGGCGAGACCCUUCGUACGAGUGUUACAGAGAUCACAGUGGCUACACGUGCCUGGUUCUGGUGAAUGGGCGCGAGUACCAGACGGACCUAGCAUACGAAUCGGAUCACCUGGCUCAGGAGAACGCCGCCAUGAGGGCCUUUAUGGUGUGCCGGAAUUUUUCUGUUAAUGGAGGCAUGCUCGCGCGUAACGGGAUCGUCCAGGGUCUCCCAGCCAAUGAGUCCAGCAGGCGCAAGAAGUCCCGCCACGCUUCCACAAGCCACGGCCACAGCCAGAAGGAGAGCCGCCAUAGGUCAGGGCACCACUCGAGCAGCAGCUCGACCGCAUCCUUCGAGUGAGGGAAAAGGAAAAAAAAUUGGGCUGCUGCCCGUCCCGAUGGUGGAUUUCCAGCCAAACACGACCCAUCGGCUAAUUUUUGACCAAUGGAUUACAAGCGAGGGCAGAGAGGCGUCAAAAGAUUAUAUAUACACGUGGUGAAGCUUCACAGCUUAUCCCCAGGCAUAUUCCGCGGAAUACCCAACCCAUUUCUCCCCCCAAUUCAGCAUAUUCCCCAACCCCUGACGAGAGAGAAAGAGACACACCUCACACUGGAGACACAGAGAGAGACAGAGAAGAGAGAAAGAA